UCUCUCUCUCUGUCUGGCUGGUUGCUGUCCUGUCAUCGUCCUGGGUGUGGUCUUGCAGAGAGUCCGGGGUACCGUUAGCAGGAAAUCCAGCUCAGUCCAUUUCACUUUAGGGCGAAACAAAGAAAAAAACACUCUCACGCGCGUACGGUUGAAACUAGUUGUUCGCGGUCGAGCUCCAAGUAACGGUUGUGUCCUCGAGACCGGAAGCCGUUAGAUUGGCGCCGUUGUUCUGAUGGGAAAAAGUUUUCUGCUGCUCUCGUCUCGUUAACCGGUCCUCUCAUUUAACUACUUAGUCUCUUUUUAAAAGCUGAACCGGACGGAAAAGAAAGGAAAGAUGCCGAAGACGAUUAGUGUACGGGUCACUACAAUGGAUGCUGAACUGGAGUUCGCCAUUCAGCCAAAUACAACAGGGAAGCAACUCUUCGACCAGGUUGUUAAGACCAUUGGGCUGCGAGAGGUCUGGUACUUUGGACUCCAAUACCAGGAUACAAAGGGUUUCUCCACAUGGCUCAAGCUCAAUAAGAAGGUGACAGCCCAGGAUGUGAGGAAGGAAAGCCCGCUGCUGUUUAAGUUCCGUGCCAAGUUCUUCCCCGAGGAUGUGACGGAGGAGUUAAUCCAGGACGCCACGCAGCGGCUCUUCUUCCUGCAGGUGAAGGAGGGGAUCUUAAAUGACGACAUCUACUGCCCUCCAGAGACGGCGGUCCUCCUGGCCUCCUACGCGGUUCAGGCCAAGUAUGCUGACUACAACAAGGAAGUGCACACGCCAGGCUAUCUGUCCAGUGAACAAUUGCUCCCUCAGAGAGUUCUGGACCAGCACAAACUCAACAAGGACCAGUGGGAGGAGAGGAUUCAAGUGUGGCACGAAGAACACAAGAGCAUGAUGAGAGAGGAGUCCAUGAUGGAGUACCUGAAGAUCGCUCAAGAUCUCGAGAUGUACGGAGUCAACUACUUCAACAUCAAGAAUAAGAAGGGAACAGAGCUGUGGUUGGGAGUGGACGCUUUGGGGCUCAACAUUUAUGAACAGAAUGACAAAAUGACGCCCAAAAUUGGAUUUCCUUGGAGUGAAAUCAGGAACAUUUCCUUCAAUGACAAGAAGUUUGUCAUUAAACCAAUCGACAAGAAAGCACCUGACUUUGUAUUCUACGCUCCGAGACUGCGCAUCAACAAGCGCAUCCUGGCUCUUUGCAUGGGCAACCACGAGCUGUACAUGCGCCGCCGCAAACCUGACACCAUCGAAGUGCAGCAGAUGAAGGCUCAGGCUAGGGAGGAGAAGAAUCACAAGAAGAUGGAGAGAGCUCUUCUGGAGAAUGAAAAGAGGAAAAGAGAAGUCGCAGAAAAAGAAAAGGAAAAGAUUGAAAAGGAAAAGGAGGAAUUAAUGGAGAGAUUAAAGCAGAUCGAGGAGCAGACGAAAAAAGCCCAACAAGAGUUGGAGGAGCAAACACAGAGGGCUCUGGAGCUUGAGGUGGAGAGGAAGAGCGCUCAGGAAGAGGCUGGACGUCUGGAGGCCGACCUGAAGGGUGCCGAGGACGCCAAAUCGGCCCUGCUGCAGCAGUCAGAGAACCAAAUGAAGAACCAAGAACACCUGGCGACAGAGUUGGCUGACCUGACUUCGAAGAUUUCCCUCCUGGAGGAUGCCAAGAAAAAGAAGGAAGAGGAGGCAGUGGAGUGGCAACAUAAGGCCACCACGGUGCAGGAGGACCUGGAGAAGACCAAAGAAGAGCUCAGAAACAAAGUGAUGGUGGCCCACAUCCAGGAGCCCCUCAACGCAGAGAACGAGCACGACGAGAACGACGAGAGCAGCGCCGAGGCCAGCGCCGAGUUCACAGACGCCGCCACAUACAAGGACCGCAGCGAAGAGGAUCGCAUGACCGAGGCUGAGAAGAACGAGCGUCUGCAGAAACAUCUACUGGCUUUGAGCUCAGAGCUGGCCAACGCUCGGGACGAGAGCAAGAAAACGGUGAACGACAUGAUCCACGCAGAGAACAUGAAGGCGGGACGAGACAAGUACAAGACCCUCAGACAGAUCCGGUCAGGAAACACCAAACAGCGCAUUGACGAGUUCGAGUGCAUGUGAUUGCAUUCAUGUCUGCCUUUCUGCCUGGACUGCAGUCCUGCCUCACACAAGCUGUUUUCCUCUGUACCCAAAUCAAUCAGAUCCACAACAUGACAUGGUUGCACAAGCACAGCACAAUGUACAAAUAUGGAUCUGGAAAAACUCCCAUUUGUUAUCAUUCCUAACUUUGAAUUUAGGCAAGUCACUGGUUGAAAAGGGACAUACUGUAUUUUAUUAGUACAUUAUGUAGCAUAUUUAGUAAUGGGCUCUCGCCUUAUUUCACGACACAUUGAGUAAGCAUUUUUAAUUUCUUUAUAUAUUUCUGUCAUGUUUUUGUAUCAGGAUUUCAAAAUAAAAUGCUCAGAGGCCAAUCCAAAUUACAAACUGAAAACUGUGCCUGUAGACAUAUAAUAUUUCUGCUGUACACAUGCAACGGUUCUUCGCAACAAGCUGGAUUUUUCAGACAGUAAUAUUUCUCCCACAAUCGCUGCCCAUAGUUUUAAAGCCAAAUGCACUGUAAUCUAUGUGGAGCAUUAAUAGAGCAGUAUUAUUUUUGAAAAUUUACUUUUACUUGCUUAUCAUUUGAGUGUAUUCUGCCUGCUGUUACGAAUCAUACAGUAUUUACGCCCCAAUCACGAAGUGAUAUUAAAGAUCAAUUUCAUUUACAUUUUUUGUCUGUUUUUACAUUUCUGAACACCUUCCAGUCAGUUUGCAACUACAUUACAAAGCGGUUGCUGUUAUUCAGUGCCAUCGUCUAUUCGAUUCAGCAUUCAAUUUAAAAAAACUGAUGCGGCAUUUGAAGUUGACUUUACUGUACCUUUAAGAGUUUUACCUUAGUUUUAUUCCUCUGCUUUUAUUUUUUAAUUCUGCUCAUCUGUGAAGAUGUUUGAUAAUCAAAAUAUAGUUUUUUCCGCAUUGAUAUAACCAGUACAGCAGAAUGAAUUACACUGUAGUCGUCACAUGUCAAGGUGGCUUUUGUUGGUGAACAAAUACCAAUAAAGUCAUCUGUAAAGGUAAAAGUUGUAGUUUAAUCAUGUGUUUUCUUCACCGGCGAAAACUUUCUCUCCACAAAAUCUUUUUAGAAUUUGAUGCACGGAUUCAAAAAAUUUCAUUAAACAUGCACUGGAAAACCUUUGCUAAAUGAGUCAAGGCAGACUCUAUUUCCAAUGCAUGCAUUUUUGAUAUAUUGUAUGUAUUUAAUUACAUUUGUGUAUUUUGGAAUUUGGAAUUUUUCAGAAGUGAUAGAAUUAUGUAAGGUGGAAAACAGACACCACUGAGGAUAUUUUUGUAUUAUAAAAUCUGGCAGUGCUUGUCAAAGGUAACAGUUUUUUGUUCACGAAAAAACAGCGUUUUUAAAUCAGUAUUUUGUUGUAAACUAAUAGAACAGCUCACUGCUGUGAUAGUACAGCUGAUGAAACAAGCAACACCCCAACACAUGAAAAGCCAGACGCUGCAGGAAAUUCUGUUCAUGGUGUGUCGGUUUUAAACCAAUCCAAAACAUUUUGCACAUAACUUCCUUGUGUCAUCGUUCAAUAUUUUGGCGUGCAGACAUGCGAAGGGUUUUGCUUGUUCUCAGAUUAGAAAUUAGCGUUUGAAAGAUUUGUUUUACACAAUUUUACAAGUUCAAAGUAACUGUAUUUUAGUUUUUAUUUUAUUUUAUUUUCUAUUAUUGAAUGAACGUUUGUCAUUUGUACCAAGAUGCAUUUUGGUAUACAGUAUUCUUGCCCAUUGCUGCGUAUGAUAAUUCUUGUACCAUGAAAUGUAAAAAAAAAAAAAAAAAAAAGCAUUCAUUGCUAUUUUGGAUACCGCUCCAUGCCUUUGACAAUAACUUUUAUAAUGCUGCACUGUAUGUUCUACCUGAAGCACCGUGUAUCGACAGCCUUCUUUUGUUACGAAUCAAGUGUCAUUUGAACCCAAGUCGUCAUGUGUGAAGAAGAAAUGUAUUAAAAGAUGCUACUCAAUAUUUUGUCUUGAAUCAAAAAGGGCUGAAACAUAAUAUUGUGACAGACAGUGCCUUGCCCGGGUUUCCCAUCAGAUCUUGCUGCUUCAAGUCUUCCUUUCACCAAUGAAUAAAAGUCAAAUUAAAAUGCA